CUGCGUGGAGCAAAAAAAAGUUAUUAUUUUUGACACACGAGUUUAGUUAUUCAGAACUUGUUUAAGAAUUCAGUUGAAUUUUGUUUAAUUCUUUUAACUGAAAUACCACAAAAUGUCUAACGAGCCGCUUUCUAAUGGAAAUCUUCCAUUAUGUCCGUCGAAAAUCCUUAAAAAUCUUCCAAACGUUCUACCGGCUGACUUCGUUCGACCAGAUCUCCCUUCAAAAUGCAUAUGGAGUAAAGUCAAAGGCGAACAGUCAGUCUCUCCACACACAAAACGACCAUUUCAAGAACGUCCAAAGGUUUGCAAAAGCAUACUUGAAGCUAUUGGGAUGACUCCACUUGUGAAACUUAAUCAUAUUCCACAAUCAAUGGGCAUUAAAUGUCAAAUGUAUGCAAAAUGCGAGUUUUUAAAUCCAGGAGGGUCGGUGAAAGAUAGAAUUGGAUAUCGAAUGGUGUUAGAUGCAGAAGAAAAAGGAAUUUUGAAGCCGGGAAUAUCAACAAUCAUUGAACCGACUUCAGGGAACACUGGCGUUGGACUGGCAAUGGCAAGUGCAGUUCGAGGCUAUCGUUGCAUCAUUAUCAUGCCAGAAAAAAUGUCAGACGAGAAAGUCAACACAUUGAAAGCACUUGGAGCAGAAAUCAUUCGAACACCAACAGAAGCAGCUUUUGAUCAACCUGAUUCACUGAUUGCUGUUGCGCAGAGAUUGCAAAAGGAAAUUCCUGACUCGUGGAUUCCUGAUCAAUACCGGAAUUGUGGCAAUCCAUUGGCACAUUACGAUGGAACUGCAGCGGAAAUUCUUUACCAACUCGACAAUAAAGUCGACAUGAUUGUCUUGGGAUCGGGAACUGGUGGAACAGUUGCUGGUAUUGGUAGGAAGAUCAAAGAAGAAUGUCCUGAGUGUACCAUUGUGGGUGUUGAUCCUGAAGGUUCCAUUCUCGCUCGUCCAGUGGAAUUGAAUGAAUCAUCAGUAGCAAUGUAUGAAGUUGAAGGGAUCGGAUAUGACUUCAUUCCAACUGUCUUGGAUCAUUGCAUUGUUGACAAGUGGGUGAAAUCGAAUGAUCAAACAGCUCUACCCAUGGCCCGUCGACUUAUCAAAGAAGAAGGCUUCUUAUGUGGUGGAUCCAGUGGAACUGCAAUGGCUGCUGCAAUUGAGGCUGCUAAAGAACUUCGUGAAGAUCAGAAUUGUGUCGUCAUUCUUCCCGAUAACAUUCGCAAUUAUAUGACGAAAUUUGUUGUCGACAAUUGGAUGGAAGCGCGAGACUUUAAAGAAUCUGUUAACACUGAAAGUCAUUCAUGGUGGAACAUUAAAGUUUCCAAUUUACAUUUGAGACCGCCAUUAACUGUAACUGAGAAUGUCACUUGUCAGGAGGUCAUUGACAUCAUGCAUAAUGAAGACAUUGAUCAAAUCCCAGUGAUUGAUCGUAAUGGAAGUGCUAAAGGAAUGGCAACAAUAAAUUUCCUUGUCAACAAAAUGUUGAAUGCUAAUCUGAAGGCAACUGACACGAUCGAUAAAGCUGUCUUUAAAAAAUUCACAAAAGUUAAUUUAAAUACGUCAAUUGGUCGUUUGUCACGAAUUUUAGAGAAGGAUCCUUAUGUGUUAGUGACACAAUCGCAGAAAGAAUAUGCAAACGGCGAAACUGUCACUCGUGAAAUUAUCAUUGGGAUAGUCACACAACGUGACCUUUUAAACUACAUCAUGAAGUCUGAAUCCUAUGGAACGUUAACUGAUGGAGAAUCUUAAAAAAGAUUACAAUUAUUCAACAUUGUGAAGUGUCAGAAAAAAGCAUUUAAUUAACUUUUUUUUACAUCAUUCUAAAGGAUUAUUAAAUUGUUUUUGUAAAAUAAAAGUUUUAAUAAAAUUUUGAAUCGUUUUUAAUAUGA